UAUGGAUUGAUGAGAAAAAAAAUAUAUAUACAUGUGUUGAACCAACGGUCGUAGGUCUCUAUUUUAGUUUUAUCUAGGAACGAGCGAAAAAAAUAUAAAAAAAAAGCUCUGAUGCAGAUCGAAUAUACCAAGUUCUAGGUGGUUGAUGCGCAAGCUCUAGAGUCAACUUGCGCGUUUAUCAUCUCAGAGCUUUGCAACAAAAAUUUCCCUCCAGUUGCCUCCAGUUGUGACUCAAAGUGCGUCCAGUGAACUUAUUGGAAUUUAAAUAACAACAUUAAUUAUUUAUUUUAAAAAUAAAUAAAUAAAUAAAUAUAAAAAAAGCAUUAGCAAAUAAAUAAAAUAAUAAAUCAUGAGUCAAAAAGAAUCAACAGAAGAAAUGCCAUCAGUCGUUGAAUUAAAUGUGGGUGGAGUCUUUUAUACAACAUCAUUAUCAACAUUAACAAAAGACCAGGAAUCACAUUUGUCUAAAAUAUUUAAUGGUAAAACAACAAUUGAAAAAGAUGCAAAGGGUAAAUUUUUUUUAGAUCGUGAUGGAGUAUUAUUUCGUUAUGUACUUGAUUAUUUACGUGACAAUGCAAUAACAUUACCAGAAGGUUUUCGUGAACGUGAACGUUUACGUCGUGAGGCAAUAUUUUAUGGUUUAUCUGGUUUGGAUAAAGCAAUAUUAGAAUUUGGUAAUGAUACCAAUACAUUGUCAUGUUGUAAAAAAAAUCCAAUUGGAUAUAUAACUGUUGGUUAUCGUGGUAGUUUUGCAUUUGGACGUGAUGGUUUGGCUGAUGUUAAAUUUCGUAAAUUAUCAAGAAUUUUAGUAUGCGGACGUGUUGCAUUAUGUCGUGAUGUAUUUGGUGAAACAUUAAAUGAAAGUCGUGAUCCAGAUCAUGGUAUAUCUGACAGAUAUACAUCAAGAUUUUUUUUAAAACACAGCAGUAUUGAACAGGCAUUUGAUAAUUUACAAGAACAAGGAUUUAAACUUGUUGCUAGUUGUGGAUCUGGUACUGCUGGUAAUGGCACUGAACAACUAAAACCUGGUGUUGAUUCUGAAGAAAAUCGAUGGAAUCAUUACAAUGAAUUUGUGUUUGUACGAGAAUAAGUACUUCAACUAAUUAACCAAAUAUAAUUCUUCUUCUUUUUUUGUGUUUUUGUAAUUUUUAAAUAGAACCAGGAAAAAAAAUUAAAAAUAAAAUAGAACACUUGAAUAAUAAUGCCAAUGAUAGACAUGCGCUUAUCGUAAUUAAAAAUAAAAAAAAAAUAAAAAUCAUAAUAAUGAUAAAUUCUUCCAUGAAAAAUUUCUAUAUUAAACUUGAUACUUAAUUGAAAAAAAAAAAAAAAAAAUUAUUAAACUCAAAGCUCUUCCGGUAAUGAAACUGAACAAAAAGAAAAUUAAAAAAAUGCUUAAAAUGGGAUCAUGCCACAAAAAUAAUAAUGAUAAAUGAAUAUUUGUUUUUAAAAUAUUUUGAAUUUUAUUAUUUAUCGAUUUAAAAAUAAUGAGAUAUAUAUAUUUGUGUGUUGUUUAACACGCAAUUUGGUCUAGUCCGACGAUUCGGCAAUCAUACAUUCAUUCCCAGAAUCAAUAAACGGGAACACACAUUAUUCCAAUGAAUAAAUUUGAACGGGUAUUAAAACAAAUAAUAAUUAUACUAUAUUAACAAAGAAAAAAAAAAAAAAAAAAGACGUAAUUUAUA